CCUUUAGGUUAGCCACGUGACAUUAACACAACUACGCGUUUUACACAAUCGAUAUAUUGAUUGACGGCCACAGAGGACUCAACGGUCAAUGUACACGUUCUACCGAGAGAGCAACUCUUAAAGAGAUCGUCUCAACAUGGUCUAGCCGCCAUAUUCCGUCGAACUAUAUGCAUCAUUAGCAUUUAUCUAAAGGUGAGCGCGGGUCGAGAUGCAUCACAGAAGACAGAAUAUUGUUCAACAAAUCGAGGAAACGUUUCUAAGUUGUGCUGUAUGUCUACAGCCCUAUGAUCAACCCAGGGCUCUACAAUGUCUUCACACGUUCUGUGAGAAAUGUCUGGGCGAUUACUGCAAACAGCAAUUAUCUCGCCAUGAAGGAGCAACGAUGUUUCCAUGUCCAGUUUGCAGACAGGAUAUAACAAUACCACCAAAUGGAGUGUCCGGAUUUCCUUACAACCAUCUUAUUGCUAGUCUGAAAGAUGCCGUUCGAACAAAUGAUCGUCCAGACAGCUUCCAUUCAAAUAGAGUUCUCAGCGCGACUUCCGAACGAGGAGAACGCCGACCGAUUUCUACGAGAGCUUCUGUACGACCGAGCACGAAGUGUUCCGCACGGUUUGGCAAAUUUGGCGAGAAAGAAGCUGAAUUUUCCAACAUUUCCGGAUUAACAGUUCACCCCGUGGGCGAUAUCGUGGUAGCAGACUGUGGUAAGAAUGUUAUCACUGUUAUGGGAUUCAAUGGUAUUUCUAAACAUAGUUUCUCAUGUAAGUGUUGUAUACGAGAUGUUGCGAUUUCUAAAUUUGGGACCUUGCUGGUGACUGUCAGCCAAUCAGAUGGCGCUAUUUUACACGAGUAUACACUAGAUGGAAGGUUUGUUGCGCAAUAUGGCGACAAAUACGCCCAAGAAAAUCCUUUCGGGAUUGUGGUUACAAGUCGUAACAAAGCCGUUGUAUCUGGAAUAACUAAGAACCGGAUUCUUAUUUUCAAUGAAAGAAAGAAACAAACUCACUGGUUCGGAGAAGCCGGAGAUACGUUGGAGCAUUUUCUAUUUCCGUAUUACGUCACCGUCAAUAGCCGUGAUGACGUCAUCAUAUCUGACAGCGGAAACCAUAGGAUUAAGGUAAACAAAAUGGACGGAAAAUUGAAAUUUUCAUUCGGAUCACAAGGAUCGAAGGACGGAAGGAUGUUUUACCCUAUGGGCGUGUGUGUCGACUAUCUCGACAACAUUUACGUGGCGGAUGCAAACAACUACCGGGUACAAAUGUUCUCACACAAGGGAAAAUACCUUGCCACGCCCAUCAAAAACACAUUUGCAUAUGGCAUGGACGUUAAGCCAAUCAGUAUAGCGUUCUCACAGGAUCAGCUCAUCGUGUCUCUUCGCGGUGCGAGAUUUGCCGAGAUUCAGGUCUUUGAGUGGGACCCUUUUAUCUAUGCAGAACCACGCUCGUCCCUUUUAGGGUGCUGUGGAUCGUAUAAUAAAGUUGCUGAUAGUGGACUGUAUCACGCGUGGUCCUGACUUUUCUUUUCACACCCUUGUUCUUUCUUUGUAUGUUUACCCAUCCCUUUUCUUUCUCAACCGCCUGUGUGUUGUUUGAAACCAUCACAACAGCUCAGCUAACACACCAUUAUGAAAGAAAUGAAAGAUACAUACUUGUGUAAUAUCAGCAGGGUUAACAGGGCUGAUCCUGUCCAUGGCUACGGCAUAUUAUAAAGUUUGUUUGUUUUAAACGCAGAUACAUUACUUAUAAAUGCAAAUAUAUUGCAAUCGCAGUGCCGGCGGGGGCAUUCAUUAGGGUCUAGUGAUCUAGUGACGGUGGUGGAGUUAGGUGGAGCGGGAACAACAGAUGGUCGCAAGAUUGGGGGUAGCGAGUUGGAAAACACUAAGAGAUCUAGAGUCGAUCAUCAAGACGGGAGUGAAUAAGCUUAAGGGGAGAGGGUACUACCUAGGAUACAAACAUAUGAUCAGGAGUGAGAGAUGGACGAGCACGGAAGAGUCAAGCGGCAAAGUGGAUUGGUGAAGGGAUGGGAGGGAGAUGAAGGAGUCUAGAGCGGGUUUAAGGGCAUGCUGGGGGAUGUACAUUUAAGAGACUAGUAUCAGGGCAUAGUCUAACAAUAAGGUUAGAUUGAUAAGGAAUUAAAUAGAUGAGAUUCUGGCAUCAGGAUGAGACUGGAGAAGAGGAACAGCUUAACGGUGAAGUUGUCAGAAUAUGUAUUUAAUAAUUGCGAAAUGGUAGAAAAAAUAUCGCCAACCAAUCACCAAUUUCAUCGUAUGGAAUGAUCCUUCACACAGUAUUGUGUAUGAUCCCUGAUUAGUUUUACUAAAAAACACACUUAAUCCCCUUCCUUCCAACUACUAAUCACCCCUUUCAUAUUCCCAGAUAUGUCCCAGUAAGCUGACGUAAAUUGUAUCAUUGCUCCGUCACAUUACUAAUAUACUAAACACUAGCGGUACAUACUUACGCUGAAAGUUUGAAGAUAUUGAGGAACAACUGUCAUUAGUGAUAUAUUUACAUUUUCGCUGCUACGUGACUAUUAUAAACCAACUACAUGUAAACUUUGUUUCGGGUCAUGCGACCAUGAACCGAAAUGAGUAGUAAAACAAUACUGAUGUCACGUUUGACUCUCGUUUGGAAUUGUUGGGCUAGAAGUUGUUUAUUCCAAUUUGAAACCAUAGAAAAAAUACUUGAUUCUACUAAAAUUACUAUGCUCUAUCAUUUGUAGGCGGAAAUGAAAUGAUUUUUUUUUUAAAAAUCAGAACCACUUCUGAAAGCAGUUUAAUGAUUAAAUAUAUGGUAGGGGAGAUGUCAAAAAUUAUUGAAACGGGAAAGUAUCCCAACGUGUUAAAUUGAACUACUAUUACUGGAAUGUACCCGGAAUUUAAUUUUACAUAAGCCAUACUUUUGGUAACCGAUUACCGAUUGGGUUUUAGGUAUGUGAUGGCUCAAUCGAAAUAACCAUUCUAACUAAACGAUUUCAAUCGUCGUUUAGGCAUUAAAGGGACAUCACGUGAAGAGCCAUAUUUUUUAAUAAAAGUAUGUGUUGUAUGCACUUCCGCUUAUGUUACCUUGCUAUCCCCAUGCGUAGUCCGUUCCAAGUGUCGAGUUUGACCACUUGCAUUGAUCGGGAAAGCCCUGUUAAAAAAAACGCCAAUAGCGUCACCUGACGGUUUUGAAACGAGGCAGUAAACAUAGGUGGUCUGACCGAGAUGCAAAGUUUCAAGCCCCCAGAGUGGGCCGUCAGGCAACUGCAACUUCUUACCGCACUCUGAAACCAAGUAAUAUGAUUUCUAAGUCCGUGUUGAAACUCAUUGAAUCAGUAAUUAUUCAUCAUCAGAAGUUAGUUGUACACAUGCCAAUACUCAGAAUUUAAAUGAAGACAUAUUUGUUGGCAUCUCGGCAUUAUUUAUAGACACCAUGCAAUAUCUAUUACCGGAAUGUGACCGGUACAAAUGGUACGGGGCUAAACUUCUUCCCUCAACCCUGGGGCAAACCUUUCUGUAAAAAUGAAUAUUCACGGGACGAA